GUUUGACUCCGGAGUCUGGAGAUAUUCCCGGCUACUACUAGCACCGCGCACUUGUAACCCGAAAAUACCCCUUUCCUCUUAUUUGCUACGCUCCUUCCUGUAGAAGAAAAAUCGACGCGCAAUUAGGGUUUCAAAUUAUCAAUUUCAUGCUUCAAUUGAGAUUAUGGAAGUUGGAGAUAUGGACGUCGACAUCGCGCGUUGGAUUUUGGAAUUCCUCGUCCGGCAACCUCUGGAAGAUCGCGUACUAAACUCUUUAAUCUCCACCCUUCCCCUCACCGACGAAAAUGCGGGUCUCAAAAAAUCCCUUCUCUUGCGAAGAAUCGAGACGGAAAUCGCUAAGGGGGACGUUUCGGAGAAGAUUCUUGAACUCCUCGAACAAAUUGAGGAGCUAGAUUUCAGGGAUAAAAUCAGGCAACAUUCCGAUUUACUCAAGGCUGCGUAUUGCUCUGUAGCAGUUUUUUGCACUGUGAAGUUCCUGGAUAGCGACGGGAAUAGAUUUGAGUAUUUUCAUGCGGUUAAGAGGAUAUGGAGAGGGAAAAUUGCCAAGAUGGAGAAAGGGGAAAAGGUUGGUUUGUUUUCGGAAGAGUUGAAGAGCUGGGCGGACGAGAUUGAGGCGGCUGUGUGGGAUGAUAGCGCUUGCGAUCUUCUCUUAAACAGGAGUAAGGAGAUUAAUGCCAGUGAGGCUGUAAGGCAAUAUGUGAAGGAGGAAAAAGAAAUCAUGGGCCCUUCCUUUCUUGAAUUAGUGGCAGAAGCAUCAAGGAACGAUGAUAGAUUAAAGGGAAUUCUAGGUAUCAAGGGAGGGGUGAACGCCUCCACGCCUACUGCUGUUACUCUUUCCGUUCAGAGAAAAGAUGUCAAUGCAGAAACGCAAGGAGGGAAUGUGCUUCCCAGACUUAAAUAUGCUGCUUGUAAACGAACUCGAGUUGCUGUAUCAGGGAAGUCCCGGGGAGCUAGGAUCACUGAUGCUGAUGCUUCUGAUGCUCGAACAUGCAAUUCAUUAUCCAGUCCAGACGUAAGUGAAGUGCGGGAAGCUCUUAAAUCAAGUUCACUGGAGCUUAAAGCUGUUGUGAAGGAUCCAUUACCUGAUGCAUUGCACUUUGCUAAGGCCGUAGUUUCUGAUGUUUCAAAUAAAGACAGAGCUACAUUGCCUGUGGAAGACAGUCAUAACAGAACUCAUCCUGCUGGUGAGAGGUCAAGGCCUGUCCAAGCCAAUGGAGAACUAGUUUCCCGUGUGGCAAGUAAAGAGCCAGCUAAGCUGCGCGUGGAACAAAGUUGUAAUGGAGCUAAUCCUGCUGGUGAAAGCUCGAGGUCUGUCCAAACCAACAGAGACAUAGUUUCUGGUGAUGCAAGUAAAGAGACGACUAAGCUGCCUGUGCAACAAAAUCGUAAUGGAGCAAGUCCUGCUGAUGAGAGCUUAAGACCUCCCCAAGCUAAUGGAGAAAAAGCUUCUGGUGUUGCAAGUAAAGAGACAGUUAAGCUGCCUGUGCAACAAAGUCUUAAUGAAGCAAUUCCUGCUGGUGAGAGGUCAAGGUCUGCCGGGGCCAGUGGAGAAGACAGAGGUAAUGAUUGUCAACAGCACGAGAAAAAUGCUCCAAGACCAAGUUUAAUGGCACGAAAUGGUACCGCCCAUACCAUGGAGUGGAACGACUCAGUUGAGGAAACACCAGAUUCAUCUAAUAUUGAAAACAGACCUCGCUUACAUGAACCAAGGACUCGGGCAGUGUCUCCAUUGAGAAUAUAUGAAGGGAACAACUUGAAAAGGAGGAGAAAAAUUAAAAGAUGGAGCUUGCUAGAAGAAGAUACACUGAGGACUGGUGUUGAAACGUAAGUAAAUGAUGGCAUGCAGACGUACUUAAAAUUAGACAAAGCACAAGUUCUAAAAUAUUCCUGUGAUCAUCACAUUAUAGGUAUGGAAGGGGAAACUGGAAGCUCAUUUUGAAUGCAUAUCGGGACGUAUUUGAAGAAAGAACUGAGGUAAAUUUGGUGGUUCAACUCUUGUAAUGCUUUGUGAUAUUUGUUUAACUCUAUUCUUUUGGUCGGAUCUUUUAAUUAUAUUUGCAAAUGAUUUAUAGGUUGACUUGAAGGACAAGUGGCGGAACAUGACGAAAUGAUCCUAAUUCUGAAGAAAUGACUUAAUUGUUUUGUUUGCUGGUUGGUGAAAUGUUGCAUAUAUAGCCUUUUUGUUCCCUUCUCAAUUCUUUUCUUGGUAAAGCCCCUUAAGUCAAAGCUGUAAAUUUUUUGUUGGAGUACUAGGGAAGGAAUUGAGAAUCUUUGUAUAUGUUGUGUUGUAGAUGUAUUCCUUAGUCGUCAGGAUUAAGAUAGCUUAACGCUGUACCAGUAGUUUAUCGUGUGUUUAAGUUCUGUGAAAUGAGAAUGAAAGCAGUUGAUCCUUCUUCCUCUUGCUGUCUCUUGAAUUGAGCAACUGACCGCGAGUUUCCUAUGAGUUCGGAUUUGCCAAUUGGUAGGGAGGAGUACUAAAAGUUGACUAUGACUAUCACGUCUCCGGACUCCUUAAUGUUGCCUUUGACUAAUACGUGCCGGCCGGGUUCACUAAUUCUAUCCCCAUUUUCUUUUGGAGUGCGGACAAAUUCGCUAUCUAAGACAGGUUUCUCAAGUUGACUAAUCCAUAUGCAAGACGUUGACAUAUGAUGGAAGUACCAGUUCCCUUUUGGUAUAACGUGAAUUCUCUCAACCCUUCGGGGGAUAUCAAAACUUGUGUUCCAAUUGAUGGAAUUACUGCGUCGUGUUGGUGACGGAAGUCCAUUUUGCUGUAAAGGUCCCGAGUGAGACAGGCGAGUUUGCCAUUUAGAAGUCGCAGUACCUGAGAAGAGUUAUCAUAUAUCCAAACAAACGUAUCCAAG